CGCACGAGCGAGGGGAGUCACAGAGUCACACGCGAGACGGCGAGAGACGGACGUAGGUACGGACGGUCGAUCGGACGGACGACACGGGCGGAAGGUGGUGCAGUAGCAGCGAGUUUAGAAACGAACGCGGCCUACGAACGAUUGUCCUUGCGUAUCUGAUGAGCUCCUCCGCCGCGCCGCUGCUGGUGGUAAGAUGGCUGUGCAGCUGGACGGAGGAGGGAAGGAGGAUCUGAAAACACAGUUUGUCACGCGGGAGGGCACCUAUAAACUGAUGACCCUGUCGGAGUACUCGAGACCGAACCGGGUCGGCUACACCAAUAGCCAGGGCAGCGCGUCCGUCAGAGUGUCCUUCGUUACGUUGCCGGAUCCAGCGGAUCCCACGGGCGCGCAGGGUCUCGGCGAUCGAAUGUGCUUCAACUUCGGCAAGGAGCUCUACGUUUAUGUCUACCGCGGUGUCAAGAAGGCUGUGGACUUAAACAAACCAGUGGAUAAAAAAUUAUACAAAGGGACUAAUCCAACUUGCCACAAUUUUAAUCAAACAACAGCAACAGCUGAUAGUGCUCCAUUAUUGGUGGGAUUUUCUACAGGGCAAAUACAGUUGAUCGAUCCAAUAAAGAAGGAACUCAGCAAAUUGUACAAUGAAGAUAGGCUGAUAGACAAGAGCAAAGUGACAUGCAUAAAGUGGGUACCUGGUUCGAACAACCUAUUUUUGGUUUCUCACAGUUCUGGUCAACUUUACCUUUAUAAUGAAGAAUUGCUUUGCGGAACCACAGCGCCUCAUUAUCAGUCAUUCAAAUCAGGUGAUGGAUAUGCCAUAUAUACUUGCAAGACUAAAUCCACCAGAAAUCCGCUGUAUCGAUGGGUGAUAGGUGCGGAAGGUUGUUGUAUAAACGAAUUCGCCUUCAGCCCUUGUGGCACAAAUCUAGCCGUGGUGUCUCAGGAUGGAUUUUUACGCGUUUUUCAAUACAACACUAUGGAGUUGGUUGGUUCGGCAAGGAGCUAUUUUGGUGGCUUUCUAUGCGUGUGUUGGUCACCGGACGGACGUUACGUGGUGGUCGGCGGCGAGGAUGAUUUGGUGACCAUUUGGAGCUUCCAUGAGAAACGUGUUGUGGCACGAGGACAAGGCCAUCACAGUUGGGUGAGUGUGGUCGCCUUUGAUCCGUAUACCACGUCCUACGGCGAUCACGACCCUGACUUUAGCGGCUCGGAUGAUGAAACAACGAUGUCACACAGCAAUCAUAAUCACUUCCAUGAAAAAUCGCACCGUCUUUCUACGACCUCGCAAGGGGGCGGUGGCGGUCACUCGAACCGUAACUCUUGCGGCUCGGAAUUGAGAAUGUCGGGCGGCACGUGCUACAGGUUGGGCAGUGUAUCCCAAGACACUCAGCUGUGUCUAUGGGACAUCACGGAAGACGUAUUGAGGCAACCUGUGUGUGCCAAGCAGAGGUCCUCUGUAGCGGGUGCUACUAGUGGCACCCUGUCAUCUUCGGGUACAUUUAAUAGUGGUAACGGAACGGCAGCGACGGCAAAUCAUCACUCGAACUCGAAUACUAAACAUAAUAACUCGAAUAAUAUAAAUUUCAAAGAGAACGCGAGUGGUAAUAAUGAAAAUAGUAAUAAUAGUACGAGCACGAACGCCGCAGUGGCGACCGUGAAUUCGUUGACGCAGAGGCUAGCGGGUCUUGGUUUUGGCGAGCGCAAAGGUGAUAAUCACAAGAGAAACUUUAGUCUCACUAUGCGAGGUGGAGGCACCGGUGCAACGGCGGCGGCAACGACGGCCAACAACAGCACGACGACAGUCGUGCAAAACAAUGGUGGCGAUAAGACGAGCACUGGAAACUCGACGAAUACGACGAGUAGUAGUCUGAACAACAGUGUUGGUGGGGGUUUAGUAGGUGGAACGGGAAAUAAAAAGGUUAGUUCCGUGAUGGACGAUCCCAUGAGGUUGAUAGGGACCGCCUGGUGUCCCAGGUUCGACGAGUGUCCGGUCCUCGAGCCGCUGGUGUGUAAGAAGUUGGCGCAUGAGAGACUGACUGAAUUAGUGUUUAGGGAAGAUUGCUUCGUGACGGCGUGUCAGGAUGGAUACGUGUACACGUGGGCAAGACCCGGCCACAUGUGCAACGAUGGCCAAGUGCUCAAACAUGCUGUAACCAUCAAUCUGUCACCCAAUGAUGAGAUGACGAUUAGUCCGGUGGUGCCAUGUUACAUGAAACAAGCUGGAUGCGCACGAUGGCAAUUUCUUAAAUUAGGAAUCAGUGUGCCGAUAAAACCAGGUGAUGUCUGCUCUCUGCUGCCUGAUAAAUGUUGGUUUAAGGUCAUCUCAGUGCCAGAUAUGACGGAAAAAAAUGAUCAGAUAUUGAAAAGAAAAGCUGAUGAAAAUUUGAAUAAUGAUGCAGACAGUAAAAAGGCAUGUUUAUCAUCCAAUGUGGAAAUUAUUGUAUCUCCUAGUGAAACUUCGAAUGAUAUGCUUAGUGAUAAAGAUCCAUUAAGUGAACAUCAGAAUUCUAUUAAUGAAAAUAGCGAACCUAAUGAUGACGCUGCCCCAAUCUUGCAAGAAAUCAAUUCUACAAGCUCUCUAAGGGGAAAUAGUAUGCCCGCAACAUGUUCUAAAAUGUUGAUAGACUCUCAAGACAUAAUUGACAGGCAACAGAAUGAUAAGAAACAGGCAGUAAAAAACAUCAACUCAACAAACGAAGCUAUGACAAAUGUUGAAGCAGGAAAAAAAAUUAAAUGGGAUUGCGAUGCUCAUUUUAGUGAUCAAAGUGAGAGUGUUACUGAGUGUGUUCAAGUGUUACCAAUACAAAACAAUGCUCGUUCGCCUGUUGCUAUGCAUAAGAAUAAAACAAAUGCACGAAAUCCUGUUAAAGCUAUUAGAGAAAAGUGUAUAUAUGGUGCUCGAUGUUAUCGAAAGAAUCCCAAUCAUAAAAACAAUUACAGCCACCCGGCCGAUUCCGAUUAUGACAAGAUAGAUAAUCGGAAGGAGUGUCCGUACGGUAAAAAGUGUUAUCGUAAAAAUCCUCAACACAAGAUGCAAUUCAAGCACACAAGCAUUCCACGUCAUCGUCGAAGAGCCGCCACCCCAAUGCACUCGGCGAUCAAUACUACGUCUGAAACAGAUCAUUCGUCUGCAGAAGAAUCUGUCGACGAAUCUGAUUACGAACCGUCUGUGUAUACAGAAAGUUCGGACGAAUUAGAAAGUACAAGCGAGUGGGAAGACGGCACAACGGGCUGACAAUAAACCAGCCUUCUCACAUCGUCGUCGAUUUCUACAUCAUAUUUUUCAGAGUGUCCAAAUUAUAAAUAUUUCUAUCGGUAAUACAGAUAUUUUAUUAUGAAAUAUUUAUUUUUAUAUUCAGAUUGAGAAAGAUGAGAGAGAGAUAUAGCUGCAUUUAUUUGUUAACACAAAGAAAAGUAUAAAAAUGUUAUAAUAUAUUAAA